AUGGCAGAGACGGAGGAGAGCGAACCCUCGACGCCGACGACGAGGCGCCGCAAGCCCUACGGCCUCCUCCACGUGCACUGCGUCGAUGUUGUGCUGGACCGCGGCUGCCUGCGGACGGCCGCGGCCGUGCGGCUGCAGCUCGGCUGCGGCGCGCAGCGGCAGACUUGCUCCGGCGCCGUCGAGCGCGACGACGACGGUUCGGGGCGAGCCUACCUGCGUCGCCAGGCCGCGGCCUUCGAGGUCAAGGCGUCGAGGCACGCCCCGCGCCAAAUAACGAUCGCCGUCGCGGGCGACGAGGGCCAUCCCGAGGCCGUCGGGACCUUGGACGUGACGCGGCUCCUCGAGAGUGAGAGCCACUUUCUGGACGAACACAUCCUCCUGGAGCCCCGAGGCGCAACGGUGCGCGUCGCGUGCGCGUUCGACGUCCUCGAGGCGCCGCUGCGGCCGCGCGACGUGGUCGCGUGGUCCGGUCUGCUGCGGCCCGAGCGCAUCUACCCGCUG